AUGACGUACUACUACCACCUCCUCCUCGUUGUGGCUUUGGGAAAUCUACAAGAUGGACAGGAGAUAGCCGUGAAAAGGCUUUCUAGAUGCUCAGAACAAGGCAUCGAUGAGUUCAAGAAUGAGAUCAUACUCAUCUCAGGACUCCAACACAAGAAUCUUGUUAGACUGUUGGGUUGCUGUAUUGAAGGAGCAGAAAUGUUGAUAGUUUAUGAAUACAUGCACAACAAAAGCUUGGAUACUUUUCUCUUUGAUGCAACAAAAAGAGGACAUCUGGAUUGGACAAAACGCUUCAACAUUAUUCAAGGCAUUACUAGAGGACUUCUAUAUCUUCAUCGCGAUUCUCGUUUAAAAAUUAUUCACCGAGAUCUGAAGGUCAACAAUAUUCUUCUGGAUAAAGAUAUGAACCCAAAGAUAUCAGACUUUGGCUUGGCAAGAACAUUUCGUGGUACACAACAACUAGCAAAUACUCGUAGGCUUGUGGGAACAAUUGGGUAUAUGUCUCCUGAGUACGCAUUGAGAGGGAUAUUUUCUGAAAAAUCUGACGUUUUUAGUUUUGGAGUCUUGCUAUUAGAGAUUAUUUGUGGCAGGAAGAACACCAGUUUCCGUGAUCAUGAACAACAUACAAGCCUUCUUGGUUAUGUGUGGCACUUGUGGAAUGAGGGCAGGGCAUUGGAUUCCAUGGAUCAAGCAUUGGUUGAUUCGUGUUGCUUGCCGGAAGUAAUGAGAUGUAUACAUAUUGCUCUUCUCUGUGUUCAAGACUAUGCUGCAGAUAGGCCAACCAUGUCGAGUAUAGCUCUCAUGCUAACCAGUACUGGUGAAAUAGAUGGUCCACAACCAAAACAACCUACAUUUACCUUCCAAAGCUCGUUGGGAUCAGAUCUUCAAUCUCAAAAUAAAAACAUAUGCUCCGUAAAUGAGGUCACUGUAUCAAUGCUUGAAGGACGAUGACCCAUAUCCAAAAUACGCUUUGUUAUUCAAUGAAAUCCCAUGUUUUCAGGGUUUUCCUUUGCAGAUUUAGUAUGAUAAUUGACAUGGUAUAUUUUAAUUGUCCUUCGAAUAUCUUAAUACAGUCGUCAUGAUGGUGAUAGUAUGUUGCAGCAACUGCAAUAAUGAUAGUAAAUUAGUGUAAAUAUUAGACUGUCAUGAAUGAUGUUCUUAAGUCCUCAUUCAAACUAUUCCCCAUCAGUCCCUUAGGUGAUAUGAAAAUUUGGAAUGGAA